CUUUCUUAGAAAGCAAGCCCGUUGACCUAAAUGGAGCUGACCCGUAACCCCUGGAUAUGGCCAUGGCGUCGCCCUCCUCCGCCGGAUUGGAGGGAGAGACUGAGAGGGUCUCUCCACCCAAAGGCGCCAUCACCCAUGUUAUCUUCGACUUUGAUGGCACCCUCAUCGACACGCAGCCAUUCUACACGUUGGUCCAGGAGCGGAUCCUGUCCAGGUUCGGGAAGCCAUACGACCCGUCCAUCGAGGCCAAGCUCAUGGGGAAGAAGCCAACAGAGUCGGCCCGCAUCUUCGUGGAAGAGACGGGCCUAGCCGGCCUCCUCACUCCCGAAGGCUUCCUCGAGGAAAGGAACGCGAUGCUGACGGAGCUCUUCCCUUCCUCCCAACUCUUGCCCGGCGAGUUCUCCAAACUCCCCAUCUUAGGCCUUUUAUUCCUCUUCCUCAUACCCCUUUAUUUGCAUUUCGGAUGCUUAAAUGGAACUCUUGCCCUUAUUACAGGAGUCAAGCGCUUGGUCAGUCAUCUUCAUGCAAAUGGGAUACCCAUGUGUGUGGCGACAGGAACUUAUAAACAUAAUUUUGAAGUGCUGACCCAAAAUCAUGGUGAAACAUUCGCCAUGAUGCAUCAUGUGGUCUUGGGUGAUGAUCCAGAAGUAAAGAAACGCAAGCCGGCCCCGGAUGUAUUUCUUAUUGCUCUGAAAAGAUUUGAGGUAUUACUGACAAAUGUUGUUGUUUCAUCUUUGUUGACAAGAUAUUUCCUUUCCAUGGUGUUCUCUUCCAUAAAAUCUUUUUUGUCUUGCAAUAAAUCACUCGACAUAUUUGUUGAUCAGGGUAACGUGGACCCAAGUGAAGUUUUAGUUUUUGAAGAUGCGCCAUCAGGAGUAGCUGCAGCAAAGAAUGCAGGGAUGUCUGCGGUAAUGCUCUCAGACGCAGGGCCGGAUGCUUCCGCUUACAAACAAGCAGACCAAGUUCUCAGCUCGCUGCUAGAUUUCAAGCCAAGCCACUGGGGCCUGCCACCUUUUAAGGACACGGUGAUUUGAAGAUAUUAUAUGAAUGGCACAAGUAUUCAUGGGAACCACCUGUUUAGAUUUAUUUCAAGGAUUCAUCCAAUUGGCUUCAAUUGGUUCAAGAUUUAAAUGGUCAUGAUUAAUCGAAAACAACUCAUUUUUCUAUCUUGCAAA